CACGAACUAUGGACCGAAUUUAAAGAGAGGAAAACGGAAACCCGUAUCCUCCACCACCUCAACGAUCAAAUCAUGAAUCCUAGCAUAUUGGAAGACUGUCCAGUCUGUCGUAACUUUCAGCCGGGACUGGAAGAAAAUAUCACAUGCGACUCAGACGGUCGUGUACGGAAUGUCAGCUAUCAUAGGAAGAUGCCAACCAAUGCGGCGGGCGAGGCUGGCUUUUCAAUCGAGGUAAAAAUCGAUGAGGCCCGCAACCAAGCUUCCAACGGCUGUAAUGGGUGUGCGCUACUAUAUCAAGGAUAUCUUCAGUGUCUGGAAUUCACGCCCAAGGCAUUGGAGGAUGAAGACCGGAUGUAUAUUGUAGCGAGAUCCGUUCCAGGACAAGCGAUCAAGUGUUCCUUACGUGCGUCACUCGCAAGACCACGUUGUGCUCGAAAUUGGGGGGGUUUCCAGAUACUCGCGGUUGAUGACCACCGAAACCCUUGGAAAACAAUAGCGAAAAUAUCGUCAUCUCCUGGAUAUGUUCUCACGGAUGAACAUCGAGACUGGUAUCUUUCCUGGGUGCAGGAGUGCCUUGAGAAUCACCCUAAAUGCCAGAGACCGUCUGCCAUGCCUACGCGACUGAUUGACCUCGGGGAUGAUGAUAACGCAACCAUGUGCCUCCGGGACGAUAUAAAUCAGAUAACUCCAUAUAUUGCCCUUAGUCAUAGCUGGCAGUUCUCGGAAGCCAGGAAAUCCAUGACACUCAAGGAAAACUAUGAAUCUCGAAAGCGGUUCCUACCGCAGCAGGGGCUUUCUCAAACUUUCCAUGAUACGAUCAAGGUUGCCCGAUGGCUCGGGGUGCGGUAUCUAUGGAUCGACACCUUCUGUAUCAUCCAAGAUGAUCCUGACGAUUGGGCACAGCAAGCAUCUCAGAUGGGUGAUAUAUUUGAAGGCGCAUAUAUCACUAUUGCUGCCCACAGUGGCCGAGGUAGUUCGCCAACUGAUGGCUGCUUUCUCGAGAGAAAGGGAGUUCGCGAAGUGGUCCUGCGUGAUGGCAAUGGAGACCAGUUUUCCGCAUUUAUUAUACACUGGGGGCACCAGAAAAACGAUCUUCAUGAUUUGGAAUGCGGUCCAUCCUUGAUGAGAAGGGGAUGGUGUGUGCAAGAGCGUCUUCUUUCGCCCCGCAUCCUCCAUUUUCGGCCAUGGGAGGUUAGCUUUGAAUGCUUUACCCUCAGGCACUGCGAGUGUGAAAAGAUGUCUUUAGGGAUAUCUGAUGGAAGGAAUAUGCUUGCACCUAAGAGUUUUCUGGGCGAUGCUUUCCAUAGAUCAGUACAUGGGCAAGAGCUGAAUGGGAACGAUUGCUGGUCCACUUGGGAUAUUAUUGUCGAGCUUUACUAUACAGCCGAUCUUACAGUCCCAACGGACCGACUAGCAGCGCUGUCCAGUCUAGUUCAACGAAUGCCACGGCAGAUAUUUGGCGAUUACCUGGCCGGCUUAUGGUCAAAAAAUCUGAUUUCGGGGCUGGCCUGGUCGACGAGCGAAUUGGGUAGGUACUUUCGAUAUCAACAAUACGUCGCUCCGAGCUUCUCGUGGGCAUCUAUUCAUGGUGAGAUCAUCUUCAAUGGCAGAUGGCGUUGUUUUAAUGGCGGUGAGCAAAAGGCAUGUCUUCUUGACGCAGGAACUGUACCUGCAACUCACGACCCCACGGGGCCAAUACAAGAAGGCUUCAUUUACCUGCGACUGCGUAUCUGUGAAGCCGAACUCAUAUCGAGUGGGUCUAAUCAGACAAAGGUGAAGCUCUUAUAUCGUUCUAAGAAUGGCCAGGCGGGUAACUGUGGUGCCGUUAUCGAUGUCGCAGAUGACAUGAAAGAACUAGAGGGCCAAAAGGUUUGGCUGGGAGAACUGUUCCGGAAAGACUGUAUAGCUGGUUUCUUGGUUAUGAGAAAAGUGGUUGGGAGGGAAGGAGUAUUCCAACGGAUUGGAGUUAAUUCCGAUAUACCGAUAAGCCGUGGAGAGCUAAAUUACGAGGGCCAGUAUCCUUUCUAUCGAGUCCCUGAGCGAAUUAAACUGAUUUAA